AUGAUAGGAGGGGUGGGCUGGAUUUUGCGUGACCAUCAGGGUCUUCUACUGUGGGCGGGAGCAAGGAAACUGCCAAUGAUGAGGUCGGUGAUAGAAACAGAAGCGGAAGCAAUAAGCUGGGCAAUUCAGACUCUGGUGGGUUUUGGAUAUAAAACGGUGAUAAUCGAAACUGACUCUCUUGUGCUGGCAAGAAUGCUCAAUGGAGAGGAAGAGGUCUGGCCAGUGUUGGAACCCAUAUUGCAAGGCAUAACUUCAUCUUUGGCGGUAAAUGCAGGGUAUAAAAUGGUGUACUAUCCCCGGAGUGGUAAUAAGUCAGCAGAUAGAAUAGCGAAGGAGACUUCAACGUUUACGUCCCUUGUCCCUAAGCUAUAUUCUAUGGUGCCUAUGUGGUUGAAUUCAUGUUUUGAGGCUGAUAAGCCAUUUGUAAGAAACUGA